AACCUUCAUUCUUAUCUCAUACACCUAAUCCCACGUCAUCCGUCAUUCAUCAUCAGCCCCAACAAUACACCGCUAUCGGACUGAUCAUCUUCCUGUUUCGACCUUGUCCUCCCCGUCUAGGAACCGUCUGUUGCGUUUCAGAAUCCACUUUUGCGACCAGUCUUUAUUUUUCCACUUUCAUAUAUACCUUGCGACCUCAACUUGUUGUGUCCUUUUCCUCCAAUACUCAACAAUUCUCUUCGGAUUUCCCUCUGGUGUUCGUCACGCGGGGAAGAUCUGCCGCGAUCGAUAAAGCGCCAUCUUAUCUCUCCUUCCCCCACGAACUCCCCUCGAAGAUUCAUCUACAUUGCACUGUCAACCCAUGGCUUUUCGUUUACCACCACAAGUUCCCCGUCGUCGUCCUUCAUAUUCGCAUUCCCUGCCAUCUCCGGCUCUUGAUAUUCCGUCCCCACUCUCGCAGCUACCAGAACACGAAGCGACAGAAUGGGUGCUCUUUUCUCCUACCCAGCAGCCCUCCACCAGCGCCCGCACCCCCACAACGUCCACGGAUCGCACCCCACGAACAUAUGCUCGCUUGAGUGAUUUUGGUUCCUUUGAUACGGCAACGCGAUCAGCUGUCGGUCCGGAAAGCGAGGCGGGCGACGACGCCCUCGACGAUCCGAUAGACGAUGACGGAACUGAAUUAGAUAGUCUAGAUGAUGGUCUUCACGCCUUUCGGGCGCCAUCUCUAGUAGCAGACGAGCCUGGAGCACCAGUCACGCUACCCGCUCAUGACGGAUUAGGUAGCUUUCAAGCCUCCAGCGAGGCGGUACAACAUCAGCUGUGGCAACACGAGCGAUUUAAUCCUCAUCGAAGACCCGAUCUACAGCCCCGGCGGCGUUCAAGCGCGCAGCAUCAAUUAGAUUCGAUUGCACGUGAAGAAGCUGAUGUCGAGAGGGAAAGAUGGCAACGUAUUGAGAAGUGGAGGAUGGAGCAGAGUCGGGCACUAUUAUACGAGAUUGAGAAAGCCACCCGGCAGCGUCGGGAUAGCCAUGCUAGUCGACUCAGUGGACAAGCCGAGCAAGUGGUUGCGCCUGCAGAGGUUCUAGAGGCGUCUUCUACGCCUGCCUCUUCGACAACCCAACAGGGAGCUGACAAGGAGGAAACCUUAUGGCAACGCAUUACCCGCAAAGUGAUUCAAGAUCUGAUCGGGAUUGACGACUCCUUGCUCUCUGUCCUCUUUGGAGAGUCUUUGCCGUACACAGAGGACGUGGAGAUAGACACGCCGGCGGGGUCAGAUAGUGGUUUCAAUCUCGAGGAAGCAAUGAAUCAGGAGCUGAAGUCUACAUCGGACCAAAGCCCGCCAUGGAAGGACAAGCUACUUCAGCGCAUUGCGCGUGAGCUGGGACUACUUGUUCAUCAGCUCUGUGAGCAUCCCGGUGCUUUCACAACUUAUCUCAAUCUGUCAACGGAAAUACCCAACCAAUAUGCUGGUAUUCCUCUGGACCGUCUCCCCGAAAAGAAUACACCAAUGUCUGCUUCCUUAGAGCCCACCACUAUGACCGAGUCAACGAAUAAUGCUGAGUCAUUAUUAUCGCCCCAUUUCACCCCCACCUUGCAGGUUCCUGAUAGUCGAGAACACGCGGCUCAAUGGGGUAUUGAAGACGAUGACGACUUGGGCCGUGGUAGCAGCAGUUCUGCAGGCGAUCCGUUGACCGAAUCGGCGCGCAUUCAACAAGAGAAGGAGUAUUGGGAGCGAGAGUUGGAUGUCUCGGUGGUUUUCCGCUACCUGCGUAACCGCUUCAGCCAAAGAGGCAACAACACGGACUCGUUAUCUCAUACCUCCCACCAUCCUCCGCAGGAUGCUUCUCGCCGCGCCGCGAUCAUACGCCAACAUCAUCCUCUCGUUGCGUGUGCGCACGCUCGCUCUCAAGCACAAAUUCGACGUCAAUCUCAAUAUUCUUCCCACCAAUCAGGACCGACUGGGGUCUCGUCAUCCGUCCUCCGCCAACGGUUCCGCAGACCUAGCUCCAGCUGUGCAAGUCAAAGCGCGAAGAUGUCCGCCAUCUCCAGCCGUCGAACACUGACGGGCUCCAGUCGAAACUACUGGGACAUUGGAGGGAGUGUUGGUAGUGGAAGUGCGGUUGCACCUGUCGCAGCUGGCGUUGGCGCUUGGGGAGAUGUGUGAUCAGAUCGCUGAGGGUAUUGUUCUUACAUAAGGUAUUGCAUGCUGGCCAUCGAACAUAUUAUUACCACCUUUCGGACCUGGAGUUCCGGAUAUUAUUCUU